GUGGGUUUUUGUGUUUUGUCCAUUUACAAACUCUCUAUCUUCUAUUCUAUCUAUCUAUCUAUUUCAUCUCUUAAAAAACAUAUUUUGACAAAAUACGAAAAACAAAUAAAAAAAAUGGAGUUUUUACAUGUCUGAAGGAGAGAGAAGCACAGAAAGCUCACAACUUUGAAGGUUUCAGAUUCCCAAAUUCCCUUUGGAUCUCUUGCAUUUUCCAUACAGAUUCCUGGGGUUUUGAUUUGGAACAACCAGUUUCUACGUUAUUAUUUUUUUUCUUUUUCCAUGUGGGAAAUGGGAAGCUUGGAAACUUGAUCAUAGCUUGGAUCGUUGUUUCUGCAAAUGUUGUUCUUUGUACAGUGACUAAAAUCUGUCUGCUGACGCUUCCGAUUAUUUGAUGAGCUAUUUAUUUUAAACUAUGGUGUCAAAGAAGAGGAUUGAUUAUGGAUUUAAUGGCUUUCGUGUCCCCGUUAUACCGAAAGGCCCUAGAUCUGCAAGAAGGAGGGGUGUUUUCAAGAAAGCAAAUCAGGAUGAUGAAGCUUGUGCUUUUGAGCUACUUGCAUUAGCUGGCAUGUUGUUGCAGGAGAGUGAAAGCUCUGCUUCUAGCAAUGCAUCCGAAGGAAAUCAUCAACCUGCCUUUGGCCAAGGUGUCAUUGAACAAGAGAAACACGACGAAGUUAAACCUAUAAUAACAGACAACAUUCUUCGGGGAAGUUGUGGAGAAAGUCAGUUCAGGACUGAGGUGGCCAUGCAAAACUGUACUCAGAAAUCUGUUCCAGAUGCCAAUGCAGAUUGUUUACAAGGAUGCAUUUCAGCUAAUAAUAAUUUUGACUGUAGGAGAAAAGCUGGAGCUGAUGUGAAGUCCGAAAUUUGUGAAUGGGAUAAUAAAUUCCAACACUAUUCUAAUAGAUUAGUAGAAGCACCUGAAAAUUUUAGGGAGUCUUGUGAUGUUAAUGUAAAUAAUGGAUUCAGACAGGAGAAGGAGGCUAACAGUUCAGGCUUUCAGGGAUCAAAUUCGGCUGAUAAAAGUAGUACGAAGAAUCAAUUGGAGUUGAAUAUGUCUCGGACACUAAUUGACUCAAAUAGUAAUGCUAAGUCUCCAUUGUAUAGGAAAUCUUUUUCCAUUGCUUCCUAUUCGAAGCAUGGGAAUGGUAAUAAGUUAGGUGUUAGAGAUGAUGACGAAAAAUUUUUAAGGUGCAGCAAGGUUUGCACCAAGUCAAAAACUUUUAGGUCUCCGCAACGCAUUGCGCACCGGAGAAUCAGGAAGCAUCUGUUUUCCAAACACUGGAAAGUUGCUCCAAACUUGAAGGACUGUGAAUUUUCAAGAUCAGAAUUUGCAGAUAUGGGAGCACAACUGCUUUAUCGCAAGAGGAAGAUUUGUCAGAGUUUCGAAAGAUCUGAGCACAAGACCCGUGUUAAGAGGAGGAAAUUCUUUGACCGGGUUUCAGGGGUAACUUCGGAUGGAGGAUUCAGCAGUGAGAGUGUGUCUAAUUCCCCUGAGAAGGGAAUGGAUAAUCCUAAGGAUCCUCAUGUGAAAUUUAGCAUUAAGACAAUAAGGAUACCAGAGCUUUAUUUUGAGGUCCCUGAAACUGCGACUAUUGGAUCGCUGAAGAGCACAAUCAUGGAAACAGUGAUGACUAUACUUGGAGGUGGUGCGCAUGUUGGUGUUCUUCUUCAGGGAAAGAAGGUUAGAGAUGACAAUAGGACACUUGUACAGACUGGUAUAUCUUGCAAAGAAAGUCUGGAUAACCUCAGUUUCGAGUUGGAGCCGAGUUCUCUACUAGAUUCUGCAGCAGCUUGUGUUGGUGAUCCUCCUUCUCAAUGUGAAACUUCACAGCCUGCCGGGUCCCCAGAAACUCCAGUGAUAGAUUCAGAGAUUACUGAUACUUUGCAUGAACCCUCCUUGCUGACAAAUCCAGGCAACCUAGUUGAAAGUAACCAUGACUCUAUGACUUCCCCCACUGACCCUACUGUUGACAAAGAAAGUCUAGAUUGCCGAGCACUGGUUGUUGUUCCAGCUAGCACAGAUGCAUUAGCUGUGGUCCCUUUUAGUCAGAAAAGCAAGCGCUCCGAGUGUGCACAGCGGCGAACCAGGCGACCGUUCUCUGUGACAGAGGUAGAAGCACUCGUCCGAGCUGUCGAGGAACUCGGAACUGGAAGGUGGCGUGAUGUUAAGUUUCGAGCUUUCGAGAAUGCUGAGCACAGGACUUAUGUAGACUUAAAGGAUAAAUGGAAAACAUUAGUGCACACAGCGAAAAUCUCGCCACAACAGAGGAGAGGGGAGCCAGUACCACAGGAACUGUUGGAUAGGGUUUUGGCUGCACAUGCUUACUGGUCUCAGCACCAAGCAAAGCAGCAUGGUGGCAAGACCUUGAAGAUCACAGAAACCUCCUCAGCUGAAACUGAAAAACCAAGCAUUGAAGCUGUUGUCCAAUCACAACCAGUCAACCACUUGUGAUGCUGUAGAACUUUAAAGGGACUUGAUUAAUCAUAAUUCACAACAAACUUGUACAUUUUGAUUCAAUUUCAUGUAAUUUCCUCUUACACCAAAAUUCUUUGCCACCCUUUUAAUUGCAUUCAGGUUGGCAUUUUGUAAAUGAUUUGUUGCAAUAAGGAUUGUUCUAACAGGAACUUGAUUUGUUCUUUGAUUCA